UCUUUCUUUCAGUUAAUAAUAAAUAAAUAAAUUGGACUUCUCAUUUAUUUAUUUAUUUUAAAUUUUCAUUUCGUUUCAAUAGAUGUAAACGGUGAGAGAUUCGAUCUCAGAGGACCUCCAAAGACUCGACAGAGACGACGGAAUCUGAAACUCUCACCAUCUUUUCAUUGGUUUUGUCGAACAUCUGAAACCAACUAAUUCUUCAGUGUCUUCUUAUUUCGAUGAACUACUAAUUAUAUUUCAUAAGGCACUUGUCGCCCAGCUCAGUCCGAUGCUGUUUUGUUACUUUUGUUUAGCCAGGUCAGAAUCAGAAUCAGAUUUAGUUCUUGUUAGUUCGUCUGCCUUCUACUCUUGUCUCACCCGAACCCUAGCUUUUUGGCGUGUGUUAUAGUCUAUCCAAAUUUCCAGUAUUUCAGUUUUGUAGGAGUUACAGCUUAUUUAUCUCUUCUUCCUUAUUGGAUCUUUUUAUCACAUUUGCAAAGGACAGUCUUGGGUUGGAUUUUGGAGUGCAUUUGUCAGUUUGUAGUUGUAUAAUAUCGGUUUGCAGACUGCAAAAGAUACAGGAUAUAGAACUUCAAAGCUGCAGACUUUCUUUUUUUCAUUGCCUGUGUUACAUGCCUUCUUUAUAGUGCUUAAGGUGGUCUUACUUUUGUUUCACAUACCUUAUUUUGUUUUUCACUGCCGGUUGAAAUAGUUAAGUGUACUAGAUAUUGGAUAUAGCAUCUUGUUUGGAUGAUAUGUUUGGUAGAUGCUAAUACAAUUUGCUAGUAUUCAACUGUUUUUGUGAUUAUCCAAGUUUUUGGGAGGUUAUAUGGUAAUGCAUGCAAGGAUUAUUGGUUAAACACUCAUCUUGAUGAGGUUACUUGAUUCACAUGCUGUUUGAUGCUGAGAAAAAGGAAAUGCUCCCCAAUUGGAAGAAGUGCCACAUCAGAUUGACUCCCAUGUGCUUUUUAUAUGUUUUAUCGAUCUUUUCUGGACCAUUUUGGAGUAAAGAGGAUGUUAAAAGUGUACUGUAAGAAGAGAACAUGGAGUAUGUUUUGGAGAAACGAUUUCCUCUCAAUGCCAAAGAUUAUAAAUUAUAUGAAGAAGUUGGUGAAGGUGUCAGUGCCACUGUCUAUAGGGCACUCUGCAUUCCACUUAAUGAAAUAGUUGCUAUCAAGGUCCUUGAUCUGGAAAAGUGCAAUAAUGACUUGGACGGUAUCAGGCGUGAGGUACAAACAAUGACUUUGAUUGAUCAUCCAAAUUUACUAAGGGCCCAUUGCUCUUUCACUGCUGAUCACAGCCUUUGGGUUGUGAUGCCAUACAUGGCUGGGGGAUCAUGCCUUCAUAUCAUGAAAUCGUCUUAUUCAGAAGGUUUUGAAGAGUCUGUUAUUGCUACUUUAUUGAGGGAGACCCUCAAAGCUCUUGUUUAUCUUCAUUCUCAUGGACACAUCCAUAGGGAUGUGAAGUCGGGGAAUAUAUUGAUGAAUUCUAAUGGUGCGGUUAAGUUAGCUGACUUUGGCGUAUCAGCAUGUAUGUUUGAUACUGGAGAUAGGCAACGUACCAGAAAUACUUUUGUUGGAACUCCAUGCUGGAUGGCUCCUGAAGUGAUGCAGCAAUUGCAUGGAUAUGACUUUAAAGCAGACAUCUGGUCAUUUGGAAUAACUGCUCUGGAACUUGCUCAUGGCCAUGCUCCCUUUUCAAAGUAUCCACCAAUGAAAGUUUUGCUGAUGACCUUACAAAAUGCACCUCCAGGUCUUGAUUAUGAAAGAGAUAAGAGGUUCUCAAAGUCUUUUAAGGAGAUGGUCGCUGCUUGCCUGGUAAAGGAUCCAAAAAAACGCCCAACAUCAGAAAAACUUUUGAAGCACCAUUUCUUUAAACAUGCACGUUCAAACGAUUAUCUGGCUCGCAGUAUUCUCGAUGAUCUUGCUCCAUUAGGUGAACGUUUUAGGAUGCUGAAGGCAAGAGAGGCAGAUCUACUGCAGAAUAAGGCUCUCUAUGGGGAUAAAGAGCAGCUAUCACAGCAAGAGUACAUAAGGGGGAUAAGUGCCUGGAAUUUCAACCUUGAGGAUUUGAAAAGUCAGGCUGCGCUUAUCCAGGAUGAUGAUUUUACAACAAAUGAAGAAGAUCCAACUGGGAGUGGAAAGCAAAGGGACAGUAAUGAAGAUGUUGGGGUUCCAGCAGAAAGGCUGUCCCCGAAGAGAGCUAACCAUUCAAGUGGUUCACCAAGUCAGGUGGCAUGGGCUAAAGAUGGGUUCAACAAUCUUCAUGAUUUGGGGUCACUUCCUUUAUUUCCCAUCAAACCAUUGCAAGCACUUAAAGAUUGUUUUGAUAUUGGUGAGGAUGAUGAGGGUGAGACAAGCCCUGUUUGGAAGGAUACUGCCCAAUCAGAUGAGCAACAGUUUCUUCGGAAUACCUCACCAGGGGCCUUGGACCAAAACACUGGAAGAAAUGAGGGUGAAAAUUCAGGGCGAAAUAGCUCUCUGCCAUAUCAUGCCAUUUCUGGGCAUAAAAAAUUCUUGAGUGGUUCACUAAUACCUGAUAAUGCUUUUUCUCCUAAGAAAGUUAUUGGUGAAGGGGACAGGGAUUCUGUGCAGCCUAAAAAUCAAACUGAGCGGAAUCAUAGUGGUUCAUUGUUUUAUCGCCAGAGAAGAGAUGCAAAUAUUGUUCCUUUGGCCGAGGAUACGUCAGAUGGAGCAUUGGUCCAACGCAAGGGACGCUUUAAAGUUACUUCAGCAGAUUUGAGCCCCAAGGGACCUAUAAACAGCUUCUUUAGCCCAGUUAGUGGAGGUUCAAUGAGUCCAACAGCUCCAAAUUUUACAGCUGCCUCACUUCUUGCACCCCUGCAGUACAUAUUGCAGCAGAACACUGCACAGCGGGAAGAGAUUAUUAAACUGAUCAAGUAUGUGGAAGAAAUUUCUGGCAAGUCUCCAGAAUUGCCCGAGUUUGCCACUGUGGACCUCUUACAGAUUACUCCGGCUUCUACGAGGGAGAGGGAACUACAGUCUCAGAUGAGUCUUUUGCUACAGAGACUUGGAAGCCUUACGGAAGAAUUGCAGAGGCAAAAAUUGAAAAAUUCUCAGUUAGAAAAACGAUUGAAUACUUUGACCAACAAAGAGGGAAAAUAAGAAAAGAAAGUGAAGCUGAAGGUAAUAUUGAUAAAUUGAGGGCUUGAUGGGAGUUGAUUGUGAUCCUGCCAGGUAAUCAUUGGAUUGUAUUUUUAGUGUACCAUAUCCAUAUCCAUAUCCGUGAACGCAGAAAUUUUGAGAUGUCAUGUGUUGAGUCUCUUUGUGUGUAACAUGUAAUUUCUUUGCAUUAUAUUGUAAUUAAUAUAUAUACACAAUCUCUCUUUUGGUCGCCUCCCUUUGUGGAACCAACCACAUGAUCAUGCCUAGAAAUAGAAUUCAAAAAGUUCCUUCAA